AUGUCAAAACGACUUAGACGGUCCUUGAAGGCUCAUUUUGACGCAUGGAGCCGUGCCAGUUCAUUGAAUUCAGUCCCUGAGUCGAACGAAUAUAUUAAUCACGUACAAGCUGUCAACGGAAUCAUCUUCUUUAUUCAGCAAGCGGAAGAAUGUGGACUGCAACCAAAGAGCCGAUGGGAUACUGCGAAACAUAAGCUCGAAGAGCUUAUCAAACUCGUUAGUGAUAAUAUCGGUGCCUUUGAACAAGGCAUAGUCAUUCAUUAUAAUCAAACAAGAACAUCGCUGUUGACUGGAUUGCAAGCAGAACUGGAACGAGCACGAAAAGAUAAAGACGAUUCUCAGAAGAUCUCAAAAAUCAAAACUGCUCUUGGAUAUGCCACCAACACAGAGGAGAUCACAGUCGAACAUCUUCAUAAAACGGAGUAG